AUGCUUAAAUGCUACCAACAAGCAACUAGCGACAAGCACAUUUUCAUGACAUUUUCUGUAACCAUUGUUUUGGUAUCACUUUCUCAUCUAAGUUUUGCUAUAGAAGAGAAUAAUCACGAACCACUCAUGUCAAAGAACGAGAUUGAUGCGAUGAGAGACAAAAGUGCAAUUUCUCCAAUAAAAUGUUUAGAUGAAGUGUUCGCUGAAAUUCUUCGGAAUAAAAUUGCUUCAAGAAAAUGUUGUCUAAGGAUAGUGAACGCUGGAAAGGAAUGUCACAUGGAAUAUGCAAAAUUAUUUUUUCAAAUUAAUAAUAUAAGAUGUUAUAGUUCUGAAAGCUUUUUGAAAACUAAUAAAGUGUGGAACAGAUGUUCUACUGAAAUUUGUGUUCUUUCACCUUUUUCUCGUUAA